GCGAGCGUGGAGCGCGCGGGGGAGGGGCCGGGGCCGCUCGCUCGCUGGCCGCACUGAGCCCAGGAGUGUGAAUGAAGCUGCAGAAGAAUAGCGGUUCCGGGAAUCUCCCCCAGGAUGGCGGGCGCCGGCGGCCAGGCCCCUCCCUGCCCCGCUGAGCAGAAUGGUGCCGUCCCUGGGGAGGCGACCAAGCGAGAUGAAAAUGUGAAACGGGGCAACUGGACCAACCAGAUUGAGAGCCUUUCAUGUCCCUACUUCUCAGCUGGUCUCUGCGCAUCCCCUUUCUUCUUCAUGGAGCUCUCCUUCGGCCCGUUCGCCAGCCAGGGCUGCCCGGCGUCUGGAGGCAUUGCCCCCAUGUUCAAAGGCGUGGGCUACGGGAUGAUGGUGGUCUCCACGUACAUUGGCAUCUACUACAAUGUGGUGAUCUGCCUCGCCUUCUACUACUUCUUCUCCUCCAUGACGCGAGUGCUGCCCUGGACCUACUGCACCAACCCCUGGAACACACCUGACUGCACUGGGGUGCUGGACGCCACCAACAGCUCCGCCGCGCCACUCCUCAACCUCACCCAGCUCCUCAACCACACGCUCAAGCGCAGCAGCCCCAGCGAGGAGUACUGGAGGCGGUACGUGCUGAAGCUCUCGGAUGACAUUGGGAACCUGGGCGAGGUGCAGCUCCCCCUGCUGGGCUGCCUGGGCAUCUCCUGGGUGGUCGUCUUCCUCUGCCUCUUCAAGGGCGUCAAGUCAUCAGGAAAAGUGGUGUACUUCACUGCCACCUUCCCCUACGUGGUGCUCACUAUCCUCUUCGUGCGCGGCAUCACCCUGGAGGGCGCCGUCACCGGGAUCAUGUUCUACCUGACGCCCCAGUGGGACAAGAUCCUGGAUGCCAAGGUCUGGGGAGACGCUGCCUCUCAGAUCUUCUACUCGCUGGGCUGCGCCUGGGGGGGGCUCAUCACCAUGGCAUCCUACAACAAGUUCCACAACAAUUGCUACAGUCACCUGGGUGGCGAACAGGGACACCCGGCCGGCGAGCCCGCAUCGCCCCGUUACCUGGGUGGUGAUCCCGCGGACGACCAGCGGCGAGCCCCACGUGCCCGGUGUGGUGAGCGGAUCCUAGUGGCGAGCUCCCCGUGCCUAUGCCCUGUACUUGAUAGUGCCCCAGUCCAGCAGGAUGAGCAUGAAGAAGAAGAGGACGGACCGCAGAGGACAAGACUUGUAAGACCUGAGCAAACACCUCCCCUUCUAUCUCUAACAAUGCGGCUGCAUUUCAAAGCUCUGGUCAUUUACAGCUCUUCCGAACCAGUCUCUAAAGUUCGGCCCUGGGUCAGGUCCAUCUGGGAGCUUCUGGCCCAGCCACCUUUCCGUGAGCUAUUCUAUCACACUCCUAACGUCCCACCCUGCUCUCCCCAGGCUGGGAUAUACUGGCUCCUGCUGAUGGACAAUUAUGCUGCCAGUUUCUCCCUGGUCAUCAUCUCCUGCAUCAUGUGCGUCUCCAUCAUGUACAUCUAUGGACACCGAAACUACUUCAAGGACAUUGAGAUGAUGCUGGGCUUCCCGCCCCCCGUCUUUUUCCAGAUCUGCUGGAGGUUCUUCUCGCCCACCAUCAUCUUCUUCAUCCUGGUGUUCACAGUGAUCCAGUACCGGCCCAUCGCCUACAACACCUAUGUCUACCCACCCUGGGCCAUCAGCAUCGGGUUCCUCAUGGCACUGUCCUCCGUGCUCUGCAUCCCGCUCUACGCCGUCUACAAGCUCUGCCGCGUGGAAGGGGACACGCUGCUCCAGCGUUUGAAAAACGCCACCAAGCCCAGCCAGGACUGGGGCCCGGCGCUGGCUGAGCACCGGGCUGGGCGCUAUGCCCCCACCCCCCGCCUGGAGGUGCAGCUGCUGAAUCCUGAGAAGCCGCGGAGUGAGGACGUCGCCCUCCCGGGGCAGGGCAGCAACAGCUCUGCCCACAGCCAAGACUCCAGACUGUGAUCCAGAGCCAGCCCCUGCGCCCCCACCCGGCCAUGCUUGGUGACGCACUGCAGUGCCCCCUGCACCGGGCACCGCCAGGGGCUCCCCAUGUGUGCGUCCCCCCCCACGGUGUGUGUUACCCCUCGUGUUUACAGUAGGGCCCCGUAGCUGGGCCCACUGCACCGCCGGCAGGAGGGGAGCGGCUGCCCAGCCCGCCCAUGGGGGGCCCGCUCGGCAAGGGCCGAAGGAGCCGUGGAGGGCAUGUGGACCUGGGGGGAGCAGCAGGAGUUCAGGGACAGCUCGACCCCUGCCCAGCUCGUGACGGGUACGGGGAAGCUGGGGCCCAACUGUCCUGGGCUGGGGGCCGGAGGCUCCCAGCUGCCACGUGGCCCAAAGCGCCACAGGGGCUGCACAGAUGGGGCUCUGGGAGGAGGGGGCCCAGGAGACCAGCUGCCAGGGCCAGGGGGCGCCGGGCCCUGCUGUGGAGGGGCAGUGAAGCGGAGGGCAGCACAGUCAAGUGAGUG